AUGGACCAACACUUCCGGAUGGUGUUCUUGUUCGAGGAGGAAUCAUGUCGUUACUUCAUCAGUGAGUUUGAUGAACAACAGCCCAGGAUGCUGCAGUUUCUAAAUGACCUGGAGGAGAGUGCUGUUCAGCUAGACGGGAUGAAUAAAGGGGCAAAGAUCUCCAGUGUGGCAGGAAGCUCGUUGCAGGACCUACGCAGGAGAGAGAACCUGAGGAAGGCCUUGUGCCAGUACACCAAAGACACCUUCAGUUAUAUUAACACGCUAAAAGAAUUCAGUGAGAGCCUCCCUGAAUGGAUAAAUGCAAGGAAGACAGAGUUGAGGACUUUAACAGAUAUCAAAGACAGAAAGAAGCAUGAAAAACUGGAGCAGGAGCUUGCUGCUGUGUUGAAGGACACUCUGGGAGGCCUGGAGAAGCUCAACUGCUUCCUGGAUGCAGUGGAGAGGUUGGCGGUCACCUCACUGCAUGUGUUUAAUGAGAAGAACUGGGUGUUACAUCUGCCCCAAGACAUCAGCCCUGAUAAUGUUCAGGUUGGUAUCAUUGCUGCUCGGCUGGUCUGCCCACUCAUCCUCCAGUUUAAAAGAGAUGCGAAGGCCUUCUUCCUUCCCAAACUUCAGAAUGUGGAAGUGCUGGAAUACCAGUUGGUUAAAUACAUCCAGACCACCCAGAAGAUCUGUGACAAGUUAGAGGAAAGCUCUGUCAGUGAGUUUUUCCAGAGGAUGAAUAUGGAAACUGUGGUAGAUCUUGAUGUGGAUUUGUCUGAAGAUAAGAUACAAAGGAUGCUUCGUCACAUCAAUCAGCUUAAUGAAAUCAGGAUGGACCAACACUUCCGGAUGGUGUUCUUGUUCGAGGAGGAAUCAUGUCGUCGCUUCAUCAGUGAGUUUGAUGAACGACAGCCCAGAAUGCUGCAGUUUCUGAAUGUCCUGGAGGAGAGUGCUGUUCAGCUAGACAGGAUGAAUAUGGGGGCAAAGAUUUCCAGCGUGGCAGGAAGCUCGGUUGGGGCAGUUGGAGGUGUUCUUUCCAUCAUUGGUUUGGCAUUAAUUCCUGCAACAGCUGGAGUGUCUCUCGCUCUGACAAUGACUGGAGUGGGGCUGGGAAUUACCAGCGGAGUUAACAGCGCUGUCACCACAGCCACAGAGAUUGGAGUCAACCGCACAUAUCAAAAGAAAGCCAGUGAAGCCUUCCAGAGCUUCAUGGAGGAUGUGCAGAGUCUCCAGGAUUGUCUGGACGAGGUCACCAACAGGGAAGCAAGUCAGAUAGAUGUGGCUGUGGGAGUAAGCAAGGGUCUUACUAAAGAUGGUGUUUUUAGAAAAAGCAUAGACUCACUUGUUGAUUUUGCCUCUGCUGUUAAGAUGUUGAAAAGUGAAGAGCUGAUUGUAGGUGCUGGUAAGGUGGUGGCCCAGGAAGGUAAAGCAUUACGUAUCGUGCCCACAGUGGCGUCAAAUGUCCCAGAUGUUGGUCAGGCAGCAGUCAAAGGGUCCCUUGCUCUCACCAAGUCAGCCAGGGCUGGUUUCAUCGGGCUCAAUGCUUUUUUCAUUGGCAUGGACAUCUUCUUCAUCUGUAAAGACAGCAUCAGUCUGGCCAAAGGCAGCGAGACUGAAGUCUCACAGCUCAUCAGAGCCAGAGCUGCACUUUGGAGCUCAGAGAUGGACUCGUGGAAGAAAAUCCACGAUUCGCUGUGUCAGGGUCUGCGGACAUCAGAGGAAAAAUGAGCUAUCCUGGAGACGCCAUUUGAACCAGAGAUGGAGAUCAAGAAAGAUAAAGAAACAGAAAUGGAAUUUCCAUCCGACGAAGUGGAUGAAAAAGUGAAAGAAAAACAGUCUUGUGUAAUACAGUAGAGCCAGCAGUAGUCUCACAAAGUGCUUUUUUGACCACUCUGAUUAAUGUGAAUGAACCAUGUAUAAAAAUUCAGUCUUGCUAAUAGCUGGAGAUCAUUGAUCAGUGUUGAACAUCAUUUAAGUCUAAGGAAUUCUUAAUUAGCUGCAUUUCUAAUGACUUAAACUGAUGUAUUGAGUGUAUGAUUUUUGACUGGAUUUUGCCAACUUUUAAGCUUGUUUAAACACAUAAUGCAUUAUAUCUGCCAUUCAGUGAUACUUUUAAUAAAGAAUAAUAGUAUGUGAAAAAUAACAAUACUUCCAGUUGUCAUUUUCGACCAUGUCCAAUGCUCCAGUGUGUAUUUUACCACAUAAAGAGAACACAAUACUUAGAUUAGAUUGUAUUAAAAUAAUGCUAGGUGCCUUUUCUGCUUCAUUUAUUAGACACCAAGUAGGCAAAAUAAAUGUGUUUUGAUGUUUGUUGUUUUUCUUCGUACAGUGUGGGAUAUUGUGGUGCGUGCACAUUGUGAGGCUCAGCGUCUCAUCGUUUUUUGGGAUAUUUACUUAACUAUCUCUGAAGAUAUAGCAUCAAUUAUGCUGUAGCACUUACUUUCCUGCACUCAUCUGU